ACCUCCCUCCCUCCCUGUCUCCCUCCCUGCCUUUCUUUCUCCCUCUGUCAGUUAGUGGUCCCGCUGCCCCAGGCGCCAGCGCCCUAGCUGCUUGCUGUCCCUCACCCCACGGUGUGUCCGUGGUGGCUCCUACCACCUUAGCGUCCCCACCGAGUCGAGCUGAGGGGGCUGCGAGCAGGAGGGAGUCGCAGGCCCCUGGCAGCAGGAUGGUGGCGAGGCUGUCCCCGGCCCGCAGUCCCGGGAGCUGGCUGGUCCCCGGGCUGUGGCUGCUGGCGCUCAGUGGUCCUGGGGGGCUGGUGAGCGCCCAGGAGCAGCCCUCCUGCACAGGAGCCUUUGAUCUCUACUUCGUCCUGGACAAGUCUGGGAGUGUGGCACAUAACUGGAUUGAAAUUUACAAUUUUGUCCAGCAACUUACUGAGAGAUUUGUGAGCCCUCAAAUGAGAUUAUCUUUCAUUGUGUUUUCUUCUCAAGCAACCAUUAUUUUGCCAUUAACUGGAGACAGAGGCAAAAUCAGUAAAGGCUUGGAGGAUUUAAAAAGUGUUAGUCCAGUAGGAGAGACAUACAUCCAUGAAGGACUAAAGCUAGCAAAUGAACAAAUUCAGAAAGCAGGAGGCUUAAAAACCUCCAGUAUCAUAAUUGCUUUGACAGAUGGUAAGUUGGACGGUCUGGUGCCAUCAUAUGCAGAGAAAGAGGCAAAGUUAUCCAGGUCACUUGGGGCUAGAGUUUAUUGUGUUGGUGUCCUUGACUUUGAACAAGCUCAGCUCGAAAGAAUUGCUGAUUCCAAGGAACAAGUUUUCCCUGUCAAAGGUGGAUUUCAAGCUCUUAAAGGAAUAAUUAAUUCUAUACUAGCUCAGUCAUGCACCGAAAUCCUGGAAUUGCGGCCCUCAAGUGUCUGUGUGGGGGAGGAAUUUCAAAUUGUUUUGAAUGGGAGAGGAUUCAACUUGGGCAGUCGGAAUGGCAGUGUCCUCUGUACUUACACUGUGAAUGAAACAUACACAAAGAGUGUACAGCCAGUAAGUGUGGAGCUUAAUUCUGUGCUUUGUCCUGCACCUACCCUGAAUAAAGCUGGAGAAACUCUUGACGUGUCAGUGAGCUUUAAUGGAGGAAAAUCUGUCCUCUCCAGUUCAUUAAUAGUCACAGCCACAGAAUGUUCGACUGGCAUCGCAGCCCUCAUUGCUAUUUUGGUGUUACUGCUGCUCCUGGGCAUCGGUUUGAUGUGGUGGUUUUGGCCCCUUUGCUGCAAAGUGGUUAUCAAGGAUCCUCCUCCACCACCACCCCCUGCACCAAAGGAGGAGGAAGAAGAACCUCUGCCUACCAAGAAAUGGCCAACUGUGGAUGCUUCCUAUUAUGGCGGUCGAGGAGUUGGAGGAAUUAAAAGAAUGGAGGUUCGUUGGGGUGAUAAAGGAUCUACUGAGGAAGGCGCGAGGCUAGAGAAAGCCAAAAAUGCUGUGGUGACGAUUCCUGAAGAAACAGAGGAGCCCGUCAGGCCCAGACCACCUCGAGCCAAACCCAUGCACCAGCCUCCCCAGACCAAGUGGUACACACCAAUUAAGGGUCGUCUCGAUGCGCUUUGGGCUUUGUUGCGGCGGCAGUAUGACCGGGUUUCCCUGAUGCGACCUCAGGAAGGAGACGAGGGCCGGUGCAUAAACUUCUCCCGAGUUCCAUCUCAGUAAAAGGAAAUCAGGAAGACCAAGAAGCUAUGAAGAUGGUACAUAUUCACACUGCUGAUUUCCAACCAAAAGAAAAAAAUAUAAGUGCAUUUCAGAAGUUUUUGGAAGAGCAGCUUUAUUCCUGUCAGUCAGGAAAUGUUUUCUCUGCGUCCUGCUUUGCUUGCACCAAACCUUUCAAACACUUGUUCUGCCAUCUACACCAGAGUUGAUGGAACCCAGUGGUAACUCGUGAUUCAUGACGUUGAAAGUAAAAAGGAACGUUAAUCUACAUGCUAUGGCUUAUACAAGAAAGUUCAUUUGAAUGUGUAGAAGAGGGAAAAAGCAAAAACAGCAUGAAGAUAUCAAAACAGGGACCACAAAAUAACUGGCCAUGAUCGAUCUUUAAUGGAGAGAGGAGUGUUUAAAGUGGAAACAUGGCAUUUGUUUUUUUUUAUGUGGCAAGAUGUUUAGCCGCAGGCAGAGUAUGAAAUUUCCCACCAGGCUAAGCAAAUAAAGGAGUCCAUUGCCUUGUAGCUAUGUCAGAUCACAAAAUCUUUCCAAGUGCCCUACCACAAUGUGCCUUACGGGAAGCUUCUGACUGGAAAAUCUUGUCAUUUUAGCACUGAAAAGUGAACACGCAUGACAAAAUGUAGACAGCAUGCCUCAAGGUAUUGGUAGCAAGCAAGAUUUUGCCCUUUAGUUUUGAAGACACCUUUCUUUCAUUAUGCACUCGGGAAAAGAAGAAAAUUAAUAGAGCGUUAUUCCACAGGAAGAUAGCUUCUAACUAGCGAUCCUGAGUGGAGUUUAAGGGACUCAUAAUUUGAGAACUUGUUCCUGUGAUUGGUAGAUUUACCCUCUUCCUAUGUGUAGGGUUUAGUAGUGCAUAAAGCAUUAAUAUCUGUAAACAUACCUAGGAGUUUGUUUUGUUUUUAAUUUAAGGGAAGCAGUAACCACAAAGCUUCCGCUCAGGGUUUUUUCUUCCUCCAAGUCUCCAAGGGCUCUUCAGCGUCACAAGCCAGCAACUCUCUUUGCAUGAAAAUUUCAAAGUUUAAUUAAUAUAAUUAAAGGCAACAGCAAGCAGCAGCCUGUGAAGAUUUUGCUCAUCUUUUUUAUGCCUUUUGACAUUGAAUGACCUAUUACUGUAUGCGCAUUACUUGGAUUUUGAGGUAACUCUACCUUGGUUAUGAUUCAAUAGGGAAAAAAGACCUCCUCUCAUCAAUUUAUAAAUGAAAUUUUCAGGAGGGUCGGACACCACAAAACAUCGAAAGUGUACGUGUGAUAAUUUUUUAGAAAAACCACCGUGUCACGUCGACGAUGCCAAAUUAUGUUAGCGUGAGCGGAAACACUGUGGGGGAGGAAGAAGGCAGCAGCUGAAGGAAAAAGCUCAAAUGAUCUAGUCACUUUCGAUACUGUACUUCAGAUGCGAAAUGGAUAUUUGACUCGAAACCUGACAAAGCACGCCUGCUUUGAUGUGAACUGGUAUAGACAAUGACCAGUGGCUGGGGCAGUGGGAUGUCUUUCUGCGAGCACAAAGGCUUAUCAAAUGACACUAAAAAUAAGUUCAACAACCAUCACAUUGGAAGGGAGAAGGCGGACAUUUCAUGUUUGGUGGGCAUGUGAGUGCACAAGAUGGAAAGAGCGAUUUGGAGCAUCCCAGUAUAAUUACCCCCAUUGUGCUCUUAGUGGAAAUUUCAAAGGACGGAAGUGAUUCUGUUGGUUGUUGUCCAGAUUUGUGGCACUGCUCCAAGAAGCCUUACACACACAAAUAUAUAUAUGCAUAUGUAUCCUCUAGCUAGAAUCUUUUGCUCAAGUUUAUUUAUGUCACUGGCUGGCUGGAUCCAAAGUCAUGUGUCUACAUAUUCAUAAAUAAAACUUUACCUGUG